UUGUACAGCAGCAGCAGUUGUGCGCCUCGGGCCCGAAGCGAUUCAAUUUAGGGCCGAUUAUCGUUGUCGCACAUACCGUGCACAUACAAUAUAAUAUAUCGUACGGUGCCGUAUCGCUGUCCGACUUCGCAGGUCGCGUCGAGACAUAACUAAUAUCGUAUACGACGAUUGUCGUCAUGUCGUCCAUCUGCGUGUACUACCUUGCGUUCGCGUCUCUGGCGUUCGUGGUGGACAUGUCGAUAGCAGUGGAAUAUCCGGACCGUGCUCUCCGGUACCUGGCCGAGUUGGACGACGCGACAAGGUCGCACUGGGACGACGUGAUGUUCCUGCAGAAGAUGAUGGAGGUGGAUUACCUCUGGUGGCCGAUACUCUACGAGAUGGUGAAGAUUGAAGUGCCGAAAGUGUUGUACUUCGACCACUACACGGACCCGGACGAACCGGUGGACCCCAACGACCUGUUGGAUCUGGAGGACCACACGGACCAGGCGGCAACUACGGUCCAGGCGGCCCCUGUGGACCCAGCGAAAUCAGAUAACUCAGAGAACGAGGAAAAAAUUGUGUUGCUGUUUGCAUUACUUACGAACUUGAUGACAGCAAAGAAGUUCCCCGGCUCGGAAGUCAAGUCUGUGAUGAAGGCGUUCAAGUCCGCGAUGUCGUGUUCGGUGCUCAAGCACGUCUCGUUGCAGGGCAUUCUGCACUACAAUCUGGAGGUCCUUUGUUUGAAGUCUACACAAAUAACCGAGAGGAAAAUGUUCUACGACUGGAUGCUUAACAUGGUCCAGUUGUCCAUGGACAAAUUGACGGCCAUUGACCAUUCGCAGGACCCAGGGCUGCCGAUCAAUCGAACUCGCAAGCUCCUCGCCGAGAUGCGAAAAACAUUGAUGGCCAAACCGGAUCCCAGUAUCGUACACAGAAACCUGUUUGAAAUCGGCUCAGAAAUGUUCGACGAAAUCAAUAAAACGUGCGUUGUGCCUAAAGGAGAAGAUGGCCAUUAUAGCACGUUGAUCGCAGAUUUUAAUAAUGAUAAUAGGGUUGAAGAACUGAAGGCCCACCGCACACAGCUCACUGAAAACAUGAGAGAAGCCGCCAAUGUAAAAGACGUUAUUAUAAUGCACAAAAAUAAAGGGGAUAUAAAUAUCGGAAAGAACAUAAAUCCAGAAGGUAUUGCUUCACUGGACUGUGACACACUGAAAAGAGCUACGGGAGCAAACCACGUUCAAAUGAACUUUUUGUAUUUGAACUUGCCCAUACGAACCUUGGCCACAUCGCAGUGGACGAUUAUAUCCCAAGAUAAAUUACCAAUAACGAAGCCGCCAACAUCCACUACGAUCCCAUAGGUUGUUUAGAACAGCGGGAUAGUUAUCAUUAUGAGUAUAAUAUUUUAUAUCAUAAUAUUACGUUGUUUUUACUGUUGUUUUUAAGAAGCUGUAGUUGAAAUUACUUAAAGAUUAUACGUAAUAACUUUUACUCGUGUAUUAUUAUACAUAACUAUGCAAUAAAAUAUUAUUCUCAUAAUGUUUAUAUAAUAUAAACGUAUUCAAAUGUACCUAAUACGAUUAUAAAUACGGUUUUAAUACUAUUUAAAAUGAUUUCAUAGAAACUAACCAAAUAAAUGUUAUGUUUUUGAUUGAACUUCCUAAGUUAGUUUUUCAAUUUAUUACAAUAAAUGUAUCUUUUCAAACUAUACCCAAAAACACAAUUUUGUUUUUUCUACUACUGUUUUACUUACCUUGCAGUAUAUGUUCACAUUUUUUAAUUUUCAAUAUACUUAUGACUUAUCUAUUUAAUGUUUACUGUUUGGGUAAUUAUUAUAUCGAAUUUAUCAACUAAAAUAAGUGAAAGUUAUUUUUUUAACACUAAAUAAUAUAAGAUAUUUGAA